UCCGGGUCCUUUCCAGGAUUCAUUCUUAGUGUUCAUGCAUUGUGCAGGUCUUGGUUUGUAGGAAAAACAUCUGCAUGUGCUUGUGAAAAGUGCUAUGAUUUUGGAGUCUGUAAAGGAAACAUGAAGUUGGAGGUACCAGAGAGUUUUGAAGAUGUUGCUGUUGAUUUUUCAGUGGAAGAAUGGAAAAUGCUGAACAUACAGGAGAAAGUACUACACAGAGAAGUGAUGGUGCAGAACUAUGACCACAUGGUGUCAGUAGGGUACAGUGUCCCAGUGGAACAGCUGUUGUUACUAAUUAAAAAACAUGAGGAAUUUGUACCAGAGUCUGUGGAAGGAACGGUGACCAUGCAUCAGAAGAACAGUUCUGAUGGUCACUCCAACAUCUGUAGGGGGACACAUUGCUAUGAAAGCCCACGUCAGAUGUCACUGCAGAGGGAACGUGUCAAGAACUUUACAGGGCAGGUGCCUUCUGCAGGACACAACAUAAUUCAGACUGAAAAGGAACUCUGUAACCAAAUGGAAUGUGACAGCUGCAAGCAUGAACUAAAAAUUCAUCUGCCCGAUUCUGAGGUGCAAAAAUUAUACACGUAUGGUAAUGGCAAGAAAAGUUAUGCAGUCGCUGGUACCUCUGUAACAUCCUGCCAAACUCAGGCAGGUGAGAGAUCUAUGACUGAGGUUCACACCCAAAUCACUACAAAUUCUAGAACAAAUGAAGAAAUUAAAGCAGAGAGCAAACAGAAGGAGAAUCCCGAAAUCCAACAGAAAGUCUUUAAAGGAAUAAAACCAUGCCAGUAUGCAGGACAUGACAAGUGCUCUACAGUGAAGGCCGUCUUUGCUGACCAUGAGAAAAUCCAAACCAGAGAGAAGUCACAUGCAAGUCACAGUAGUUUGCGGAAGAGCAAGCCUGUGUUGCGUAAUAAAAGACACACUGGGGAGAAGCCAUAUAAAUGUACAAUAUGUGGCAAGAGUUUUAGUAAGAAAAGCCUACUCAGAUAUCACGAGAGGACACACACUGGGGAAAAGCCAUAUAAAUGUGUAACAUGUUCCAAGAGCUUUAGGAAUAAGACCAGUCUUUCAUGUCAUGAAAAGAUUCACACUGGGGUGAAGCCGUUUAAAUGUGCUACAUGUGAAAAAAGUUUUAGGCAUAAGAUCAGUCUCAGAUAUCAUGAGAAAAUUCACACUGGGGAGAAGCCAUACAAGUGCACAACUUGUGACAGGAGUUUUAGACACAAGACCACUCUUGCAUACCAUGAAAGAAUUCACACUGGGGUGAAGCCAUAUAAAUGUGUCACAUGUGACAAGAGUUUUAUUAGCAAGAGUAACCUCAGAUACCACAAUAAAACCCACUCUGGGGAGAAAAUAUACAAGGGUACAAAUUAUGAUAAGUUUAGAAAGAACAGCAUCCCCCUGACUGCAGAGAGGCCAUAUAAAUGCACAAGAUGUGGUAAGGGUUUUACAAAGAAGAAUUAUCUAACAUCCCAUGAGAAAACUCACAAUGUGGAAAAACCAUAUAAAUGUGCAAAAUGUGGCAAAUGUUUUAGAAAGAAGUGUCAGCUCAGAUACCAUGAGAAAACACACACUGGGGAGAAGCCAUUUAAGUGCGAAACAUGUGGCAAGUGUUUUAGGCAUAAGGUUAGUGUUACAUACCAUGAGAGAAUCCACACUGGUGAAAAGCCAUAUAAAUGUGGUACAUGUGGCAAGGGUUUUAUAAGCAAAAGUCAUCUCACAUCCCAUUAUACAACACAUACUGGGGAGAAGCCAUACAAAUGUGCAACAUGUGACAAGACAUUUAGGAAGAAAAGGCAACUUACAUACCAUGAAAGAAUCCACACCGGGGAAAAACCAUAUAAAUGUGCAGAGUGUGGCAAGAGUUUUAGACAUAAGAACAGUCUCACAUACCAUGAGAUAACACAUAAUGAGGAGAAACCUUACAAAUGUGCUGUAUGUUCCAAGAGUUUUAUGCAUAAGAAUAGCCUUGCAUACCAUGAAGGAACCCAUACAGAGGAGAAACCAUUUAAAUGUGCUACAUGUGGCAAGAGUUUUAUGUGGAAGCACAAGUUAACGUGCCAUGAGCAAAAGCACACUGGGGAGAAGCCAUAUAAAUGUGCAACAUGUGGCAGUAGUUUUAAAAACAAGAGCUACCUCACAUACCACGAGAAGAAACACACAUUGGAAAAACACUAUAAAUGCACAACUUGUGGUAAGAGUUUUAAAAACAAGAAUUACCUAGCAUGCCAUGAGACAGUCCACACUGGGGUGAAGCCACAUAAAUGUGACAUGUGUGACAAGAGUUUUAUAAGCAAAGGUCACCUCACAUACCAUUAUAAAACGCAUACCGGGGAGAAGCCAUAUAAAUGUGCAACAUGCGAUAAGAGUUUUGGUCAUAAGACCAGUCUUACAUACCAUGAAAAAAUUCACACAGGGAUGAAACCCUAUAAAUGUGAUGCAUGUGAGAAGAGUUUUAUAAGUAAGGGUCACCUCACAUCUCAUUAUAAAACACACACUGGGGAGAAGCCAUAUAAAUGUCCAACAUGUGGCAAGAGCUUUAGAAAGAAGGGACACCUUGUAUACCAUGAGAGAGUCCAUACUGGGGAGAAGCCAUAUAAGUGCACUGCAUGUACUGCAAGUUUUAAAAAGAAGAACAGCCUUGCAUACCAUGAGCGAAUCCACACUGGGUCCCCCGUCAUUAGAAACUCAAAAGAAGCUCAAAAAAGGGAGAGGACUAAAGUAAAGCUGGUUUCAUGAAAGUCAACUGUGCCCUGGCGUAGACAAGAGAACUGUUCUUGCCAAUGCAUUCAAACCAUAAACACUUAAAGAAAUAAAGUAGGUUAAAAAAUAAAAAAAGAUAGCUGGGUGCAUAAGACCCAGGAAAAAAGUGCCCAAUCCUGGUAAGCAGACUGGUGCGAGGACUGGAAAACAUGACAGUGUAGAAUCCUCAAGACACAGAAGCAUUCAUACAAUGGGGCCAGGCCAGGAGGAGGAUGGCCCCCU